AUGGAUAUAAAUUAUAAAUUAUUUAAAGAAGUUUUUGAUAAUAAAUAUUUAUUAAAAAAAAUAUAUAAAUUUGUAAAAAUUAUAAAUAAAGAAAAACAAGGAAAUUGUUUGACAAUUCAAAAAACAAAAUUAUAUGAUUUUAAUGGACUCCCAAUUAGUACAACAUUAUUGGAUUUUAAUGAAUUCAUAACACCAAUUAAUAGAAGAGGAUAUGGAGAGGCAACUUUAAGUUGGAUAUUUACAACAAAGAAUUAUGAACUAUUAAAAGAUAAAAUUAAAAUUAAUUUUCAAUGGGAUGAAUAUGAAAUUUCAAAUUAUUUAAUAUUAAGAGAAUUAAUAAUAACUCUACAUACCAUCAUUGAAGAUGGAGAUCAACUAUUAGAAAAAUUCUAUAAAUCAAAUAGUUCAAGAUUAAAAACAUAUCAUUAUUCACACAAAGGAACUUAUUUUAAAAGUUUUGGAAUUUUACCUUUUUCAAUUUUAACACAAAAUCCAUAUUUUGUCAAAUUGAUUUUUAAUGAUUAUUUAUCAUCAUCAUCUUCAACCACCCAAAAUAAUAAUAAUAUUGAUAUUGAAAAAGAUUUAAAAGAUUUUUUUAAAAUUUCAUUAAAACUUGGAAAUUUAGAGAUUAUAAAAUUAUUAUUUAAUUCAUUUCAAUUAAAAUUUAAUGACGAUGAUGAUUAUGAAAAAUUAUUAUAUUAUAGUUUAUUAUCGGAUAAUAGAGAUAAUGUAGUAACUUUUUUAUUAGAUGAAAUUGGUUAUAAAUCAAAUGAUCCUUUAUUUCCACAAUCAUUGGUUAGGUCAAUUUUUGUUGAAUUCAAUACAUAUAUUAUGAAAUUAGAAUUUAAUAUUUUUAAAAAAUUAAUAUCUUCAAAUAAUAAUUUAAUUAAAAGUUUAAAAAUUAAUGAUCAACCAUUUGAAGAAUUUAUUAGUUUACUAUUAAAUGAAAUUUCACCAUUAUCAUUAAAAGAUAGUAAUGAAAUUUCACCAUUUAAUCAAUUUUUAAAUUAUUUUAAAUCUUUGGUGUUUGUGGGAAUUAAUAAUAAUAAUAAUAAUUUAUCAAAUAAUAUUUCAACAACAAUUUUUGAAUUAAUUUUUAAAAAAAUUAAUAAAUUAAUUGAAUAUAAUAAUAAUUAUAAUACAAUAAAUAAUAAUAAAGAAAAAGAAAUUGAUAAAGAUUAUAAAAAUUCAAAUAAUUUUAUUAAAAAAUUAAUUUCAAAAUAUUCAUCACAUGAAAAACUUUUAGAAAUUAAUUUUAAUAAUUUUGAUUUCGAAAGAGAAAUUAAAAGAAUUUUUAUUUUUGAUUUUUUAAAAAGAAUUAAUGGAUUUGAAAAUGAUAUGGAUUGGCAACAUAGAAUUGUUUGUUUAAUUAUUCAAUUUUAUUCAGAGUAUAAAGAAUAUGAUAAAAUUAAAAAGGAAUUCUUUAAUAAUAAAAAUGAAAUAUUAAAUAAAUAUAAAUUAACAAAUCAUUCAUUAUUUAGAAUAAUUUUAAAUUGUUCAAAAAUUAAUUAUGACUCAAUUUUAUUUGGAAUGUUAAAUCAAUUAUUUCCAGGUUUUGAUGAUGGAUCACUUUUAGAAUUGGAUGAGGAAUUCGAUUAUAAUAUACCAUUAAAUUGUUAUAAAGAAUUUUCAAUUAAACAAAAAUUGAAUUUUUUAGGUACUCUUUAUAAUAUUAAUUCUGGUUUUUCAACAGAGAAUGAAAGAAUUCAAGUUCUUAAAAGUGUUAUUCAAGAUUCAGAUUUAAAUGUAACAAUUGAAUUUAUGAAUGAACUAGGUAUAUUUAUUAAAAAUAAUAAUCAGAAUUAUUUCUUAAAUGGUGGUAUUAAAAAACAAUUAAACUCAAUGCUUUUAAUUAAUAAUCCAACCUUAUUUAAAUAUUUUUUUAAUAACUUUAAUAAUUUAUUUACUGAUUGGGGUAGUAAACAAGUUUAUUCAAAUUUUAUUGAAAAAGAUAAUUUAGAACUUGUAAAAUUCUGUUUUGAUAAUAUUGGUUGUAAAGGUAUAAAUUCUUAUAUAAAUUAUUCAAAAUCAUUAAAAACUGCAAAGUAUCUUUAUGAAGAAUUAGGUUUUAAAUUUAAUAACCAAUCAUUACAAAAGUUUAGUGAAACAAAUGAUUGGGAUUUAAUUAAUUAUACAUUUAAUAAAAUUAUAAUUACAAAUAAUUUAAUUCUUUCAACAAAUCAUGAUCAUCAAAUGGCUUCAAUACAAUUAAUAAUAAGUAAUAAUUUAGAAAGAAAUUAUAAAUUUGAUAAGUUUUUAGAAUCAAAAAUUUUAAAUGGAAUUUUAAAACCAGACCAAAUAGAAUUUACAUGUUGGAAUCACAAUGAUCCUUUAUCAAUACCAAGAGGAAAAUCAUAUUUUAAUUAUAUUUAUGAUAUUAAUAGUGUAUUUUCGACAUUAUCAAUUGAUAAUAUUAAAAGAUUUUUAAAAGAUUAUCAGUUAUACCCUCGACGUACAGUUUAUGAUUGCCAAUAUAGCUUAGUUACAAAUCACGAAAUAAAUCAAUUUAUAAAAUCAUUUUCAGAUUAUAAAAUGAAUUGUAAUAAAACAAAUUCAAAUGGUAAAAUUUAUAAAAAUAUUGAUUUUAUUUUAGAAUUUAUAAGAUUAAAUAUUUAA